AUGAUUAUAGCGUCAGCGAGCAACGGUUUCAAACUCACGAGGACGGAGGCGGGUCGGGAGGCAAUAGCACUAAGAUCCCGGGGAGCCGGAGGAAGCUCCGAUGUCGAAUCUCCGCGCGAGCCUGGCGAGGGCGGUGGGUCAUCCCAUCCACCUGGUAAGCCGGGCAGAAAGAAAAAUCCAAACUCGCAGGCCGCGAGGCGUGAUCAAAACCGUAUUGCACAGAGGGAGUUCCGUCUCAGGAAGCAACAGCGCAUCCGCGACUUGGAAGCGAGCGUUGAGAUUCUGUCCGGCGGCAAAGAUGAAGCUCUUGGUCACCUGAGGAAGAUCUUGAAGGAUUUGAUGAACGAAAACCAGGUUCUUCGCGAUCUGCUGCGGAGUCUGAGCAGCUUUAUAGGGGAAGGAGCUGGCGGUCUUCUGCCAAAGCUCGGUUGGGAUGUGAACGACUUCAAUACCUUCAUCAACAAGGGGGAGACAGACUCUGCCUGGGAAAGCUAUCAGCGUCACAAACAUGACAGCUCUGCAGGCAAUGCUUCUGCAACGGGGGGUUCCGCAAGCACUACUCAAAAACGCGCUUCAGAAGAUGACCCCUUCGGUAUACGGACAAAGCGACCGCGAGGAAACAGUGAGCAGAACGGCGAUGCUGAGCAUGCAGACUCUUUCUCGAACCCGAUGAUGGUGCCCUUGAAUAACUCUGGUCCUUCUGUAUCGUCGAACGGCCUUUACUCUUCGUCUGCUAGACCACCCCACGAUAGCGCCCUCUUGAAUGAGUUUCUGCGAACGUCGUCAGCCGGGUCACCGAUGUUCAUGUCGGCUGCCUCUCCGCCAGCUGCAUCCUUUGCCUCGCCAUCAAGUACAAACGUCGGGAGCUCCUACCAGCCAGGUUAUAUGCAGAGUCCCAUCGACCCAGCUAUAUCGUCCAUGCCCUUGGUAGGAGGUUCUUCUGUUGGCAUGCAGCAGAACAGGGUCGCCCCCACUCCGCCAGGCCAGUCGACUGCGGACGAGGAAGACAUUGAACCCAAGAAGAAUGAUGCAUACAAACUCAUUCACUACCAUCUGGACAAUUAUAAGCGGAACAGUGCUUACUGCUUGCCUUCGUCUCUUCGACCAACUUUGGUGCAAAGGUGA